AUUGUGUGAUUUCUCGACGAAGGGGAGAUAUGUAUGGCAGUUCUCGGAGGGGCACCAACAUCAACAACCCGAACGGCGAUACGCCGUUGUCGACUCAGCCGGAAGACACCGUCUCCGGCCUGGCGUGGAGUCCGAAGAGCAAUUACAUAGCGUGCUCGGCUUGGGAUGGAAAGCUGCUGGCAAGUCAACCAGAACGGAACUUCGGAGUUGAAGGGUAGCAUGCAGCAUGAGGCACCUGCAUUGGGUCUCUCUUGGAACUCGGAUGGCACCAAAGUUUUUUCUGCUGGAUGCGACUGCAAGGGCAUGAUGUGGGAUAUUGCGACCGGCACUUUCACGCAAGUUGCCAAGCACGAUGAGCCGAUCAACAUCUGCCGAGUCGUGAUGACGUCGCGGGGCUCCUUGGUCUGCACCGGCUCUUGGGACAGGACCCUCAAGUAUUGGGACACUCGCCAGCAACAGCCGAUAGUUACCUGCCAGCUGAAGGACCGACCUUACUGCGCCGACUUUUUGAACAAUUUGGCCGUUGUUUGCACGGUUGGCAACACGGCGCAGGUAUACAACCUGAACGACCCUCUCCAGGUGUUCAAGAGCGUGCAGUCGUCCUUGAGAUACCAGGUUCGGUGCAUCUCCUGUUUUCCGGACAGCACGGGGUUCGCGAUGGGCUCCAUCGAGGGCAGAGUCGCGCUUCAUUACAUAGACGGGUCCACCGACGCACAGGGGAAGAGCAAAGACUUCAACUUCAAGUGUCACCGCCUCAACGACGUGGUGUACGGUAUCAACACCGUUUUGUUCAACAAGCAGUACGGCACCCUCCUUACGGGCGGAUCAGACGGCUUCAUUUAUUUCUGGGACAAGCAGUCGCGCUCUCGAAUCAAGGAGUUCAAGAAGCUCCCUUCGCCGAUAACCGCCUCUGCUCUGAACUUCAACGAGUCUAUACUAGCAUACGCGGAGGGAUACGACUGGUACAUGGGCGCUGAGUACAACAACCCAUCGACCUAUCCUAUAUGUAUCUUUAUCCGCGCGAUAGGGACCGAAAUGAAGGGGAAACAAUAACGAAGUCGGGUCAUCCUCGAAAAAAAAAAAAAAAAACGGCGCGGCGUCAACGUCUUAAGUUUCCGCUCCAGAUAUCAUCAUCGGCUCUGGAUUCGCGGUUUCGUGUUCCACCGUGCUCAGAAUCAACCGAAUUACGCCUCGGCGCGCGCGAACUCGACGCUCUUGGGCCCCUCCUCCUCCUCCAUCGAAGUGUACGCAACGCGGAGCGAGAGAGACCGGUAACGAUCUCGCUCCGCGGAUAAUCGCCACUUCAUGCGAGGGGACCGCUCCUAGCGACCCUCUGCUCCUCCCGUUACUCGACGGAGGAGAGACCGGCGCCGCCCCCUUCCCUCCAACCCGCGCGCGACGCCGCUUCGGGACCAGACGAGGAAAAAAAAAAUCUAAGCGUGCCAAGAAAUCGACCCCGGACUUCCACUUCCGAGGACGUCGUGGAGAGGCUCCGACUCGCGGAACAAAAACUGGCAACAACACGCCCCAGUAGAGACCUCGGUGCCCAGCCGAACCUCAAUGUCUCUCGCCCCUUCAAAUCUCCACGGCUAACCAAGAAAACAUCAAGGAACGAGGCUUCUCCUGGCCUCCCGGCUGUCUCUCUCAAAGAGAACUCGGCCGUAACAAGCCACAAGUGAGACGACCCCCGAAAAGCAUCGCAACCUUUCCUUACACAUAAGAGAAGGUAAAAAAAAAAAAAAGGAGGGGGGGCCGUAUCUCCCCCUCCCCUCCACGGAGUCGGAUCCACCCUCCUACCCCCCCUCUUAUCCGCGAACUGUAACACUUCUCAGUCACGUGACGCAGUCACCCCGGGCCACCCCCUCGGAUGAACCAAGACGUGGGCACCAUCUCCAGUCUAGACCAAACAAUCCGCAGAACCGGACCCCUCCUUCACCAUCCGGACAAAAUGCUUGCUCGCCAACUCCAUCCACGCACACAACCGCUCCCUGCGCCCAGCAGACCGAGCUGCCGUUGAAUCAGCUCUUCCUGACGAAAAACUGAAAGCCACAACCAUAAAAAAAAAAAAAAAUUCUGCCUCAACACUCCAGGGGGAACCCGCACCAGCCACCCCGACCACACCUUACCCAACCCCCCUCACCCACGCACAACGCGCCACUUCGCUCCGGAACCAACAAUGAAACACUCUCUUCGUCGAGCGGGGGGGGGGGAUCCUUCUAGCGGGCACACACCUCUGUUGUCUCCGCUCUAGACGAACCCACACACAACGACCACCUGUAUCCCCCUGCAAAACCACGACCGCCCCACACUCUUACAUGCGUGCCUUUCGGCCCAGCGCACGCUCCCGACCAACGCGACGAUGCCGCGGUCCUCGCUCUCUUCAACCAGGCUCAAGCGCCCGCCCUGUCUCGACGACGCGCCCACCCGGGAAAAAACACGACAGAGCGUAUGGCAACUCGCCGGAGACGCUCAACACUGAGAGCUCACUCACAAAAACCACUUGCCCUCCACCAAACUAACUAAACCUCCUAACGCCCUCUUCCGUA